AUGGAACUCUCUGUACACAUCAUCUGCACCAUAUCAAAGCUGGCAAAUGUCUGGCUUUCUGUGUGCCAGGACAAGCUGUGCUUUGGGACCAUAACUCCAGGGUCAUUCAGGAGGCACAAAGUGAGGUGGGAAGACUUCUUCCACUGGUUUCUCAUGGAAGGUGUUUCAAAAGAAUUUAAUGAGAUUUAUCUAGAGCUGGUAAUUGAGCAUUUGUUUAGAGCAGUGAAAAGCACUGGGAAUGCUUCUGCCCUGAAGCUCCAGCCAACCAGUAGGCUGUUGUCCCGGCCUCAUGGUGGCUGUGGAGUUGCUGUUGCCCACAGACUGAAGAACAUUGUAGAAAGGAUGGUAAACAUGGGUAAUCAAGUGCUGGUUGAAGCAAAUCUAAAUGGCACAUUGAACUCAAGUAUAGAAACUGAUGUAGUGUGUAUAAAAAGUUAUUUUAACAAUCUUGGAAAUUCCUCCAAUGCCUGCUCAGGAUAUACCUCAAAACAGAAACCUGGUGAGCAUGGUGCAAGUUCCAGCAGAGAACAGGAAACUUCUGCAGUUUUUGAGGAAUAA